AAUGUCAAAAGAAGAGAUCGAAUCGCAGUUGAAACUGGCGGUGUUUCUCAUGGUGCUGCGAAUCGUGGAGCAGGAGGUCGCCAGGCUUGGCGUGCAUCUGACUCCCAUGUUCACUGCGUCGUUGGUGGAGUUGACGACCAAUCAGCUCUUGAACUUGGGAGAGGAUUUAGAGGCCUUUGCUCACCAUGCUGGCAGAACCACCAUCAAGCCGGAAGACAUGUAUAUGGUGGUGCGCAAGAACGAGACGUUGGCGGAGAUAUUGCGCCAGUACGAAGGAAAGUUGGAGGGGUGAUGGAAUUACCAGAUUCAGAGGAUGGAUCUUAGAUAGAAGAGGUACGAGAAGGCGUUUGGAUGCGACUUGAAUAUCCGAUGAGUUGAGUGCUUCAUCCGAGUUGAGUGCUACAUCAGAGUUGACUACUGAAAUACCAGAACACUAGUACAAAUAGUUAACUGGUACAAAUAGUUAACUGGUACAAAUAGUUAACUGGUACAAAUAGUUAACUGGUACAAAUAGUUUACUGGUACAAAUAGUUUACUGGUACCAAUAGUUAACUGCCACAAAUAACCAACUGCUACCAGAUAUCGCCUCCCAGAUCACCUCCCAGAUCACCUCCCAGAUCGUUCACCAUGCCCAUGGUGCACCAUACGCGUUCACCUCUCAUCGCGACACCUUAUUCCUCGCAUUUCGCGACGCGCCCAAUUUGUCCUAAUCGGGCAAAAUGCUUCCAGCUAUAUAUUCUUCUACAUAUCCAUUUUUCAAUUCACAUCAUCAUGUCUA